UGGAUACAAACUGGUGAAAUGACCUGUGAAAAAAGAUUCUACAUUAUUAAAAAAGCCUCGAAAAAUCAACCAUAAGCCAACCAUAUCAAAAUCUACAAGACAUCCAAGUGAAUGAAUUUUUUCAAAGACAAACUUUGUGGAAAGAAGAAACAUUCUGCUAGUUCUUCUAGUGACUCUGACACAGGAUUUCAAUAUCUAGCUGAUGGAUCAUUCCACAGAUCUUCGCCGCGGAAAGUAAAUGGAGUGAAAAGUUCGAAUUCUUUAAGUUCUUUCUCAUCCUUCCAGCCCCAACAUGGAGGUGAGAUGCAAAGAUCUACAACAUCAGAAUCCUUUCAAUCUAUGUCCAGAGAUGACAGUAGGACUCCAGAUACCCUCAACACUAGUACUAGACAUUCUUUUCGAUCCACAAGUCUUCCACGACAAUCCUCCUUUUCUAAUUGCAAAAGGUCUGUAACAAUGCCCAGCUUUCCUACGAAUAAUGAUGGUGGUGUUAACCCUCUCAAUAACAAGACAAAUAAUGAUGGAACAGCGAGGAAAACAAUACAAUUCAGAAAUCAAAAUGGACACAACGCAAACACAUUCUCUUCAGUCAAUGCCAACCUCAAUAGACAAACAAAAAGUGAUAAUCGGAUGUCGUUGCCCGGCUCUUUUUCAAACACAUUCAAUGUGCCUCUGAACAAGGGAAUAGAAUUAUCAAGCUGGCUUCAAAACUUAUCAGAAUCUGCAGAUCGGUUAGGAGAAACUCCCAUAAAAGGCCGGAACAAUACCAAUCCGGAAAUUCUACGGAUAUCUCGGAGUAAACUUAGAGAUGAGAUGCAAUCUAGCAACCCAUCAGAUAACAAAAGAAAAAGAAAUUCAUCUCGAGAAAACUCCCUUGAAUCUCUACUGGAGGAGGAAGAUCAAAGCACUGAGGGUAAUAAAGAAGACGACAUCAACAACUCUACUCGGCUAAAUGAGUUCCAGAAAGAACCCAAUUCUUUAGAAAGUCUGCUUGAUGCCCAAAACUUAUAUCAUGUUCCAACGGCUGUGAAAAAUAAGAGUAAUUCCCUUCCCAAAUCAGCUUUCAGUAACAUUCAACUUAAAGUCCAAGAAAUUAGGGACCAACUUGAUGUUUUGAAACAAACUUCACAUGUUUCAGGUUCAAAAGCUCUUCAACAAGUCUUUCCUACCAUACGAUCCUCUAACUUUUCAAGUGACUAUUUUGAUGAAGGAUAUGAUGAAGGAUAUUUAUCUAAACCAACCAACUAUCCAACCAAUCAAUCAAAUUCACAUGACAAGUUUACUAAACUGGAUAACCGGCCAGGAUUCCUCAACAAUAGACCUAUGUCAAUGCCAUCACCCCCCAUGGAGUCAACUUCUCCAUUACAUUCUCCAAACUCCAUGUCUCCAAGGUCUCUCUCUCCGAAUCCGCAGUCCAGUCCAAAGCACAACAUCCGAACUUCCAACUGUUUGAACAAUAUACAGAACAAGCAGCGAAGUAUUUUUGCGUCACCAUAUUUUGAGUUUGGAUCGUCACCACAUAGUUCACCUAGUACACUCAGCCCCUGCUCAUCUAACAGUCUACCAUCAUACAAGGGGAAACCAGCGAAGCUCUCAAUUCUAAGCCAAUACUCUUUACCCAAAGAUUUAGAAGGGUUGGAGGAUGAGUUAGAUCAAAAACAGGUUGAGCGGUUACUUCUUUUCUUUGAGGUUCUUAAUACCCAAGAGAGAAUCAGCAAGGACCUGCAGGAAGAAAUGGAAAAUCAUAAAGAGAUGUUUCUUUCCUUGGACAAGACAGGUCGUCAGCUAGUAUCUGGGUUAACCAGCCAGGAGGAUGCUAGCCUACUACACAGGAGGCUUGAAGAGAUGAAUCAAAGAUGGAAUUACCUGAAAGCUAAGAGUAUGGCAAUAAGGUAUAUUUUUGACUCUAUUAAACAGCGUAUAAUAUUACUCAGGGAGCUGGUUGACUGGGUGAUCAAGAAGGAAGGGGAGCUCCUCAAUAUGGGGCUAAUCGGUGGAGAUGAGAUAACAAUCAGAAAACAGCAGGAUGAAACACGCAUGCUGAAACGUCAACUCUACGAGAAGCGUCCGAUUAUUGAGAACAAAUUGUUGAGUGGAAGACAGUUUCUAGCAACAGAACCAACACCCUCAGAUACCUCAGAUAGUGAUAUGAGUCGGGAAACAGAAUCUGACAGUAAAAGUGAUGAUUUAACCAAAGACCAGUUAAAUAAGUCAAUCAGACGGGAGGUUGCUAAACUAUCUGAUAAAUGGAGUAGCCUGUUGAGCAACGUAGAUCUAUGGUUGAGAAAAUUAGAAGACACCCUUCCUAAAGUUCACAGUUUUCAAACAGGCAUUGAAGCCGUUUUAAGUCAGGUGUACGCUGCCGAGCAUACGCAGAAAACUCUUAUUUCAUCAAAUAAUAUGGAUCCACAAUCUAUCCGGAAUCAACUCAAGAGUUUUAGUGGAACACUUAUCCCUCUACAAAGGGUUGUAGAGGACAUAAACGACCAGGCGUCAGAUUUCACCUCUAAUAAAAUAUAUUUGUCUGGUUCCCUUCUGUCGAGGCUAGAAGACAUUAAUACAAGGUGGAAGUUAGUACAGCUAGCCGCUGAUGAUCAGUAUAAAAGAUUAAACGAGGUGCGAGGAAAGGAUAGACAGCCAAAUACUCAGGAUUUCCUUAGUGUAGCAGUUAGCCAACCCUGGACUAGGUCUAUAUCCAACAACGGAGUACCCUACUAUAUCAAUCAUCAGUCUGAAACAACACACUGGGACCAUCCUGAAAUGGUGAAUCUUUUCAAAUCGCUUAUACAGUUCAACACAAUAAGAUUUUCUGCUUACCGUACCUCUAUGAAGCUUAGGGAACUUCAGAAAAGAUUGGCUUUGGACCUACUCCCCUUGAAUGUGGCAAUAGAAGCGUUUGAUGCUCAUGGAUUACGUGGUCAGAAUGAUAGAACUUUAGAUGUAUCAGAUAUGGUCUCAAUUCUCGCCACAUUCUACGAAACUAUAUCGGCUGGGAACCCAACAACUGUAAACGUACCUCUAUGCCUGGAUCUCACCUUAAAUUGGCUCUUAAACCUGUAUGACUGUCAAAGAUGUGGACAGGUUCGAGUUCUAGCAUUUAAAGUUGCUCUGACUAUACUCUGUAAAGGACCUCUAGAGGAGAAGUAUAGAUAUAUGUUCCGGCUGGUGUCUGACCAGCAGCGAAGGUCAAGUCAGAAGAAACUAGCUCAGCUACUUAGUGACUGUAUCCAGGUGCCUCGAGUUCUUGGAGAAAUUUCAGCAUUUGGAGGCGUAAACGUGGAGCCCUCUGUACGCUCCUGUUUCGAACAGGCUGGGGAUAAAGGGUUUAUAGAGUCAUUGCAUUUCUUAAACUGGAUGAAACAAGAGCCUCAGAGUAUGGUUUGGCUUCCGGUUUUGCACAGGUUUACCGCUGCUGAGUGUGCGAAGCAUCAAGCUAAAUGUAAUAUCUGCAAGCAAAGUCCUAUUCUUGGAUUUAGGUAUCGGUGUCUGAAAUGCUUCAACUUUGAUAUGUGCCAAGCUUGCUUCUUCGCUGGGAAAGGGGGUCGGUACAAAAACCAUAAGAUGACCCAUCCCAUGCAGGAGUACUGUACAACGGUAAUAUUUUCAUUGCAUAUUUUCUUGAAUAUAUACCUUCCAGUACAAUCUGGUAAACAAUCCCUUAGAUACCUCCCAGUACAAUCUGCUGAAUCAGAACCUGGUGUAGAGAGUCCAAGCUUAUCUCCUGGAAGAUACAGACAACCAGUUUAUGAUAGAUUAGAUAUCCUACCUAAUAAUGUACCUGAUUCAGAUGUCCGAUCUGGUAGCGAGGAUUCUACAUCAAGACAAGUCACCCCUCUUCAACAUUCGGAACCAACGAGACUAAGCAGUGGUGCACCCCUCAUACAAGACGAGCACUCACUCAUAGCUGUCUACUGCCUCAAACUUAGUAGUGGUGGACCUGGAGACUGUAUCCCGGAGAGUCCUAUGCAGAUUGCUGCAGAUAUAGAUGCAGACCAGAGGGUAGAACUUGAAAAUAUGAUCAGGAGCCUGGAGGUUGAAAAUGAGACCCUGAAAGAAGAAUAUAAUAGUCUAAAAACUGUGGAAGAAGAGUCCCAGCAAACUGAUGCAGAUAUACUUGCUGAAGCAGCUAUGCUUAGAGAGCAUAGGAACAGGUUGGAUAUAGAUAUACUUGCUGAAGCUGCUAUGCCUAUAGAGCAUAGGAACAGGUUUGAUAUAGAUAUACUUGCUGAAGCAGCUAUGCUUAGAGAGCAUAGGAACAGGUUGGAUAUAGAUAUACUUGCUGAAGCUGCUAUGCUUAUAGAGCAUAGGAACAGGUUGGAUAUAGAUAUACUUGCUUUAGCUGCUAUGCCUAUAGAGCAUAGGAACAGGUUUGAUAUAGAUAUACAUGCUGAAGCUGCUAUGCUUAUAGAGCAUAGGAGCAGGUUUGAUAUAGAUAUACUUGCGGAAGCUGGUAUGCUUACAGAGCAUAGGAACAGGUUUGAUAUAGAUAUACUUGCUGAAGCUGUUAUACUUAUAGAGCAUAGGAACAGGUUUGAUAUAGAUAUACUGGCUGAAGCUGCUAUGCUUAUAGAUCAUAGGUACAGGUUUCAUAUAGAUAUACUUGCUGAAGCUGCUAUGCUUAGAGAGCAUAGAAAGAAGUUGGAUAUAGAAAUACUUGAUGAAGCUGCUAUUCUUAGGGAGCAUAGGAGCAGGUUUGAUAUAGAUAUACUUGCGGAAGCUGGUAUGCUUACAGAGCAUAGGAAGAAGUUGUAUAUAGAUAUUCUUGCUGAAGCUGCUUUGCUUAUAGAGCAUAAAAACAGGUUGGAUAUAGAUAAACUUGCUGAAGCUGCUAUGCUUACAGAGCAUAGGAACAGGUUUGAUAUAGAUAUACUUGCUGAAGCUGCUAUGCUUACAGAGCAUAGGAACAGGUUUGAUAUAGAUAUACUUGCUGAAGCUGCUAUGCUUAGAGAGCAUAGGAACAGACUGGAAGGACGGAUGGUGAUCCUGGAAGAGCAUAAUAAACAGUUGGAAUCCCAGCUCGGAAAACUUAAACAAAUUCUAGAGCCCGGAGCCGUAUCCUGGAAUCCAACCGGAACACUAACUACAAAGGCUGUGACAGCAUCUCUGCUGGCAACGGAUUCCCCUGUUCUACCUCACAAGAUGAAUGGAGGAUAUAUCAACCCUCCACAAGUUAAACAAAAUGGGAAAACUCCCCCUGCAGUCCCAGCUAGAACCCGAGACGGAAGUGGAACCAGACUAAAUGGUUCCUCUACUCUGAAACGAGGAAGCUCAACCAGUGCAGGACAACAAGCUUUAGAAGAAGUAUUCCGAGCAAGUACUCUAUCUAGAAGGGAGGGAAAGGAAGGAAGGAUUCCAUUCAGACGAGAGGCUUCAGUACCCCGAGGAAGCGGUAACUGGACGGAUUCUUUACCUAGAAAGGAUUUAUUCAUUUCACAAACAGGGUCGUUGCCCAGAAGAGACAAGGCAGGAUUAGGUAGACCUGAACCUGCCAGAUCCACUGCUUUAGAUCCCACCGAUUCUAGACCAGGAGCCUCCGAUACUAGACAAGGCGCCUCCGAGGAAGAAGGUGAACCUGAACUGCCCAAUGGUGUACAGAGUGGAUCCAAUCCCUCCUGGGAUACAAUAAGAUCUAGAGAAUCUAGUUUAUCUAGAAACCAGAUUUCUAGUUUGUUUACAAACAGUUCAUUAAACCUACCCUUGAGAGAAACCUCGUUGAACAGUACUCUAACAAGGGAUAGGAGCAAAGAUCCUCCAAUAAAAAAAGAGAUUCCUAAUUCUCUAGUCAACAGAGAUGGGAGCAAAGAGCCAGCGUUAACAAGAGACAAUCCGUUUAGAGACGCCAUCUUAGGAUUAGAUAAAGGAUCCUCUACCGGAAAUAUUUUCUUCACGGAUCAAUUUGAUAAUCAUCCUUGGGAGAACCCAGAACUUAAUCCACAAGGAAGCAGGAGAAGAAAUCCAUCUGGUUUAUCUAAGUCAAGUGAAUCAGAAGAUUCAAUGUUUCAACGAGAUCCUGCAGCCACAUUGCAGGCUAUGGCAGGUUAGUUUUACAAGUUUUAGAAGUAAAGUACUAAAAACGAUAAAUAAAAAGUUCUCCUA